AGCAGCAGCAUUCGCCAUCGUUUGGCACUUUAGCUGGUGCAGUUCCUGCUGUGUCUUUUUCUCUCGCGGACGGAGGUGUGGAAAAUUUCCUUCAUCGGAUUCGAAAAAAUCACUCAUUUUCCUUGCGUGUGUGAUUUUGGCUCACGUUUCAUCCGUAUUCCGUUCCGGAUUGGUGUCGCGUCGAUUCGCGUAGUGGAAAGAAACUUCCGUGGAAGAAUUUCGUCGGGAUAUUCAGCAGAACCAGUUUGAAAGUGCGUUUUCGGAAGUCUCGAUCGCACACCAUCUUUCUUUUCGUGAGAGUGUGACUGAAGGAAGAAAUUCCCAAUCUCGUGAGUGAAAAACAAUCACCUUAUAAAGUUUUUGGUAAAAAUUCCGGCGACUGGCUGCCUGGAUAUUAGCCGCCCGGUUCUGGAGGAAUUGCAGUGAAAAACUCUGAAGCGGAAAGUGAAGCAAGUGAUUGGGGAAAAUUCCUUGUUGGAAAAGUUAUUUUUUUUUUCUUUUGUUCCAUUGAGGGAGUGCACUCUCAAAAGUCUUGUUUAGAAAGCAGCAGCAACAGAAGCAAAGAAAGGUGCUGCCGAAGGAAUACAGUGCUUUAAGUGGUGAACUUUCCUGUGGAAGGUAGAAAGGACCUGAUCGAAGGGAUCUCCCGUGGAGAUAGUGUCUCGUGAAAGUGAAAAUCGCCCAGAGCUACGGGUACAGAAUGGACAUUGGUGGAAAAUUUUAGUGUGUGCAGUUUUUGGUUUUUGGGUGAUAACCCACGACGCAAAUAGAGCGCGUAGCAGAGUAGGAAGAGGAAGAAGUAGAAGAAGAGGACCCGAAGCAUGGAUGUGUGAGUGAAAUCCCGGCGAGUCUCGGAAACAAUCGAAAUUGAAUAUUACGGGCGACCGCUAAAAGGUAAAAAGUCGGUGACGGUGACGGUGAGCGAAGGUCUUCAAAAAACUGACCUGUGUGUGGGGUUGUGAAUAUCUGCAAGUGGGCGGAAGUCACUCAAUCAACCAGCCAGAAAGCGCCUUUUGUUGGGUUGGGUGGGAAACCUGAGGUGCAUUUUGGUGAAGAGAAUAAGAAGAAAGCGAAUCGACGGAGACGAAGAUUCUAAGUGAGUGCGAGUUGUUGGUGCGGUCUCGGAACCAACCAACAACUUCGAAUCAACCCGGGUCAGGCCCCGCCAAAUCCAUAACCGAGUGUUUUAUUUCGUGAGAUGGAUCCAGCGGUCGCUUGGUAUCAGGAAGAGCAAGAAGGACCAGCCAAGUAUCAGUGGAUGAAAAUCUGGGAGACUAUGUCCGAGUUGAAUCCUCCAUUGACCGUUCCGGUUGAGAACCAAAAGCCUCAACGAGCCGGAACGGAGAAACCGAACCGUGGAAUCGAGAAUCGGCUCAUCGUGGCCGCGGGGGGUGCCGGUGGGGGUGGGGAAGAUCACCACCACCAUCAUCAUCAUCACCAUCACACUAAUGCGCUAAGUGAGAACAACAACAACAACAAUACCAACACCACCAGCAACAACAACAACAUCAACAGCAACAACGGGAACAACACACCGACGGGGGGCGGUGGAGGCGGAAAUGGGGGCACUAUUCUAGUCAACAACAACGAGAAGAACUAUAAUCCGACCAGGAAGAAAGCCGGCAGCACGGUGGACAACAAAGCCAGUACUUACAACAUGAACAAGCAGCCCAUGCGGUUGAUCGGAGUGCACGGCGGGUGUCCGUGGCGUCCGAACAACUACAAGUACGGACGAGGAAUCCUAGGGGCUCCUGUGAUUUACGGUCACAGUCGACAUAGGAUGGAAUUUAACCCGACAUCGACCCUACGACAUUUUGAUUUCCGACCAGACACUGACCAGAUAUUUACCCGACCUGACAUUGAUCCGACAAUUAGACGCGACAUCGACCCAGCAUCUGGUAUCAGACUGCACGAGGAGAUAGAGCAAUUCUACGCCCACAUGGUACCGACACAGACGGAGCAUGCGCUAAGGGUACAGGUGGUCGCUCGGAUAGAGCAAAUCGUGUUGAAUCUCUGGCCAGCGGCCCGGGUGGAGAUGUUCGGAUCGUUCCGCACCGGGCUGUACCUUCCAACUAGUGAUAUUGAUCUGGUCGUAAUCGGACUGUGGGAGAAGCUCCCGCUGCGAACGCUCGAAAACGAACUGAUCAACCGUGGCAUUGCCGAACCGAUGUCGGUGCGCGUCCUCGACAAGGCGUCCGUCCCGAUCGUCAAGCUGACCGACCGGGAAACGCAGGUCAAGGUGGACAUCUCCUUCAACAUGCAGUCCGGGGUGCAGUCGGCUGAGCUGAUCAAGGACUUCAAGCGGAAGUACCCGGUGCUGGCCAAGCUGGUGCUGGUGCUGAAGCAGUUUCUGCUGCAGCGGGAUCUGAACGAGGUGUUCACCGGGGGCAUUUCGUCCUACUCGUUGAUACUGAUGUGUAUCAGCUUCCUGCAGCUGCAUCCGCGGGCCAACCAAAACCAGACGACCAAUCUGGGCGUGCUGCUGUUAGAAUUUCUCGAACUGUACGGUAGAAAGUUCAACUAUAUGAAGACUGGUAUUAGUGUUAAAAAUGGCGGCCGAUAUAUACCCAAAGAAGAACUGCAACGUGAGAUGAUCGAUGGUCACAGGCCUAGUUUAUUGUGCAUCGAGGAUCCACUAACGCCAGGAAACGACAUCGGACGAUCGUCUUACGGUGCCCUCCAAGUAAAGCAGGCCUUCGAGUACGCGUAUAUCGUGCUAAUGCAGGCCGUCUCCCCGCUGAACAAAUUCCUCAACGACUGCAACCGGCAGAGUAUCCUCGGUCGGAUAAUACGAGUCACUGAUGAGGUGAUCGAGUACCGCAAAUGGAUCAAGGAAACGUUCGAAUCAAGACUGAAAGCGGCGCAAACGAUAGUGCCCACGAUACUGAACGACCCGCUAAACCCGCAUAUUCCACUACACCUACAACCCCAGCAGCAGCAACAGCAAGUGCAGCAACACCAGCAGAUUAUCUACAACACCAACAGCAGCAGCAACCGGCGGAGAAACAGCUUAUCGAGCGUGGACACCUCCGAGGAGAGUAUGGACAGCGAUGGGGACUCGAAUUCCGUGUCGAGGGACAUUUCCCCGACGAGUAUAAACCGAUCUCCGGAGUUGGUGCACGACCACCACGGGAUGCACCAUCCGAAUGGGACCACGGGGGGUGGCGGUGGUGGUCCCGUAGUUGUGCUAACCUCGCUUCCAGCCCACGGGCACGAAACCGACAACAAUGUGAUCAAUCUGGCGUUGGCCCAACAACAGCAACAGCAGCAGCAGCAGCAGCAGCAGCAGUUACUGGAUGGGAUCAACGAGAACCAGAUGAUUAAUUAUAACGUGAACAACCGACGAAGUGCGUCCUCUCCGCAUCAGAUCAUCGGUGGUGGCAAGAACGCUCCCCUCAACAUCUACACCCCCCGGAGUAGCUCGGAACGGAUGGCGACGAUGGGAGGCGGCAAUGUGGGAAGUCGGCACGGAACGGUGGGUGGCAACAUGAACAGCAGCAACAUCAACAACAACAACAACCAGUCGUCCGGUUUGGUGCGGCACAAUAGCAAGCAACGCCGAUCGCAGAUGAGCAACAUGUUGGAGCAAUACUUGAUCCAGCCCAACAACAAUAACAACAGCAACAACUCCAACAUCAUCAAUCUGACCGGUAAGGAUGAUGGUCUGCAUCAGAGCAACAACAACAGCAGCAAGGAUCAGAAACAGCAGCAGCAACAGCAGCCAAGUCAGCCCUUGUACAGCUUGAGCAAAAAGUCGUCGGCGCAGAAUGUGAAUGCGACGACGUCUUCCUCCAAGCGCAAGAAGACCAUCUCCCCGACGGACAAGAAGGGUGGUCCGAUCGGCGGCGGGGGUGGUUCCGGAAGCGGUGGCAGCAACUCGGGAAGCGGCAUGGAAAGCCGAUGAUAUCACACCCGACAUCAGCACUGUGCGCGAUACGUGCACUAUUGCUUCUAGAAAUGUGGCGAGCGAGUGCUGUGCCACGGUAAUCGUUUUCUUUUCUGUUUUAGAGAGACACAUUAGGAUUAUACUACUAAAAAGUGCGCUAGUAGGUACAAGUGUGAAUAUUUCAACCGCAAGAGAAAGUUUGACCGAAGAAGUAUAGUGAUCCAACUAUAUAUAUAGUUGUAAACGUUUUGCAUAUAGUUACAUAUUAUAUUAGGUAGAGAGCAAGUUACUAACUACAGGAAGUAUUCGUUCUCUUGCGAAGACUCUCUUGAACGUCUUCAUGGAAUCGUGAUCAUCAUCUCCGUUUAUCAAUAUUACCCUACGCCCCUAUAUUCAUAUAAUUUUGUCUCUUAUAUGUGUACAGCUGCCAUUUGUAUAGCGAAAGCGCGCGCGUUUUUUCAUCGAUUACGAAUAUUACUACUACCCGGGAUCUUAUUACUAAAUAUUGUUGGCAAACUCAUAUCCAUAAUUUCCGUGCGUGUAGCCACUGCCCCUGGUCAGAGUAAGGACGAAAUGAAUGCAAGCCAGAAAAAGAAAAUCAAGAACUUAGUCAGACAAAAAAAAACAUACCAGUUAAGCUAUAGUAGGAGUUAUGAAAGCAAGCCUCUAUUUAAGCUCAUAUGAACGCGCGUGAUAGAACGUGAUUAUCGUUUAGGGAUUACUCAUUCGAGAUAAGUGUAAGCAAAAAAGAUCACAGAAAACCACAGCAAACUAACAGACCGACACAUACCUAAUCCAAAAGAGCAAGCAACAUUCGAAAUUAUAGCAAAAAAAAAAAACAACAACAAAAUCACACCUUUGAGAAAGGCGACUUCCGUGUAGAGACGUAGAUUCUGGCCCAGUUGGAAUUGUCCUUCGCGCGGAUAGGAGUCGAUUUUAAGCAAAAAAAAUCCAGAAAUCUUGAAGUUUUAUGCCAUUUGAGUGGCAAUGUGUGUGCGUAACGAUACAAGCAAAAAAAAAAACUAAAGGGAUGUACUCUUUCAUCCAACCGGUUAUACCUUAAGAAUCCAAAAGUAUGUAACGGCCAAAUAACCAAGCAGGCAUCUAGGACCGCACCCUCGUUCCGAUCGCUGUCGUUGUAAUAGGGUAAAGCGUUUGAAAAGAUUAUUUUAAUGAACACUGUAAAACUGUAGCUAUUAUUCUAAUGUAACGAAACAACAGGAUGCAAAUUAGUUGAGUAAUGUCAAGCAAUUCCAGAAAGGAGGACGUUCGUCUUGCACGAGAACGUCCGGAAAAAAAAAGUGAAGCAAUAAUGAUUUAGAGAAGGUUUUAGGUGAUCAGAAGCACAAAA